UUUGCCAGCGCACAAGGGUCCAAUUUUUUUUUCUCUUCUUUUUCUCACCAAAGCCCGCCGCCUUUUUUUCUCAUACGUUUCGCUUUCUCUCCAUGACUACACAUCGUUACCCUCCACCGCCUUUACCACCACCACCGCCUCCAGCCAAUCGUCAAUAUCAUGUACAUUACUCAGCUCCAACGCCAUCUUCGCAGUCAAAUUACUACUCAUCGAGCCAUAAUUACAUGGUAUCUCAAGAUCGCAGGCGAUCGUCAUCUGCCCGGGAAGGUUUGCACAGCCCCAUAAGAGAACACAAACCUACUUUUGAACCAUACCCGCAACAUCGACGGAGGUCCCCAUCACCUGAGCCAACCAAUUCUGCUUCGCCACCGUCUUCAGACGCUCAUUCGCCUGAUAUGAAUGGUCAUCGACCUAACGAUCAGAAGAAGGCGGUACAGACUGCGAAACGAGCGGCUCAAAACAGAGCGGCACAAAGAGCUUUUCGACAAAGGCGAGAACGUUAUGUCAAGGAUUUAGAAAUUAGGGUCAAAGAGAUGGAUGCUAUGCAAGAAGAAAUGAGUAAACUGGCCGAACAAAAUAUGAGCUACAGGAAGCAAGUCGAGAAUUUGACUAGGGAACUCAAGCAAUUGAAAGAAACGGGUGGUCAAUCAUUCACACCUUAUGCAAAUAAGCAUAUGAUGACUCCCAAAUCACCACCACCACCGCCACCUCCACCACCGCAAUCAAUUUCCUCAUCGCCCCCACUACAUAAUCAUCGAUUCAAACCUGUUCCUAAGGAUACCAAUGGUAAACAGAGGAAUGGAGGCUCUUUUGAAGCGGAAAUGGCUCGACGUUUGAGUCAUUCAGACAAAUCUCUCAACCAGGAUUCUUCACCUUAUUCUGAGUCCUUGUAUUCUCUUCAACAGCGGAGAGGUCUGCAUUCACCUCGUAAGCAAGUUUCUGCAGCCGUGCCAAGUCGAAACAGCGAUUACCAAUUGCCAGCUCCGGCUACCUCUAACCCAGAUCACCACCACAACAACGUUAACACUUUCCACCAUCAAAGCAAUGGCCAUAGUAUACACGAAACUAUGGAUCGCCGAAAAACUCUGACUUCACAGACCACCCCUCCUGGACCACAGGUCAAACCCAUGUCCGAAAACGGCACUUACAUGCCGCCUACUUCAACUUCCAUGAUGGAUCACUCAUAUUCAAUGCCACCAAGAUCAGAUGUCGGCAUAUUACCUUCACCUGUAUAUGGCAACGAACAACAGCGAUUCAUCCAUCAGUUUGGAGAAUUAGACAAUACCAACCCUGAGUUGGUAGGCAUGAUAGACAUGCCUCCAUUACCCAUGGGAGAUGGAGAGUUUGAGAUGGAGGAUCCUUUCGCAGCUGAAGAUGGUGCGGACGAUCUCGACUUUGCUCCUGAGGAUUGUGAUAGGAUUUUGGAUGAUUUGGUGACCAUUUUGCAGCAAAGAAAUCGUCCUCAGAUACCUCAUAACUUGAAUCCCACCGAAGCAUGAAAACAAUUUAUACCAUCACCCCUCUCUUCCUUUUUCUCUCUCUGUAUAUAGCCAUUUUUCGCGUUCCUUUUGGUUUUCUUUUUCCUCCAUACAUCAUUCGAUGAAUGAAUGUAACUUUACUACAAAAAAGUGAAUUUGCAGUUUAUAAAUAUGGUGAGGGUGAUUUUCAUUGACUAAACUAUAUUACAUCAGAUACGACUGAAAAUACG